AUGUUUCGAGCUGCCGCCGCUGGCCCCUACGAUGAGGGCAUCGCCAAGGCGACCGACGAGAACCUCACGUCGGAGGACUGGGGCGCCAUCAUGGAGCUCUGUGAUCGCGUGACGACCGACACGAAUGGCCCCAAGGAGGCCGUCCAGAGCAUGAUCAAGCGGUUGGCGCACCGCAACGCCAAUGUGCAGCUGUACACUCUCGAGCUCGCAAACGCCCUGAGUCAGAAUUGUGGAAAGCCCAUCCACCGCGAGCUCUCCAGCCGCGCCUUCACCGACGCCCUUCUCAAGCUGGCCAACGACCGCAACACCCAUACCCAAGUCAAGGCCAAGAUCCUCGAGCGCAUGAAGGACUGGUCCGACAUGUUCAGCAAGGACGCCGAGCUUGGCAUCAUGUACGAUGCCUACUACCGCCUGAAGCAGACCAACCCGACACUCCAGCCUCCUUCCGCCCCCCAGAAGACGGGCCUCACCGACGUCGACCGCCGAAAGGAGGAGGAGGAGCUGCAGAUGGCCCUGCAGCUGUCUCUGCAGGAUGAAGAACGCAAGGGCAAGAGCCCCGAACCGGGCAGCAGCAACGCCGGGCCCUCCUCGUCGGGCGCUGGCGCCGGCACCCCUGGCGCAAGCCAGCCCCUACAGCAGCAGUCGACACCCGUUCCCGCCGGCACCACGGCGGCGACCGUCUCGAGAGUGCGCGCGCUCUUUGACUUUGUGCCGUCCGAGCCUGGUGAGCUGGAAUUCAAGAAGGGCGAUGUCAUUGCGGUCCUCGAGUCCGUCUACAAGGAUUGGUGGCGCGGGUCCCUCAAGGGCAAGACCGGCAUCUUCCCUCUCAACUACGUCGAGAAGCUGACCGACCCGACACCGGACGAGCUCGCGCGGGAGGCACAGAUGGAGGCUGAAGUGUUCGCUGAGAUUAAGAAUGUCGAGAAGCUGCUCACCCUGCUGAGCACGUCCAACACAGCGCCCAAGGAGGAGGACAAUGAGGAAAUCUCGAAACUCUACCACCAGACCCUCGCUAUCCGGCCAAAAUUGAUCAAGCUCAUUGAGAAGUACUCGCAGAAGAAGGACGACUUUACGCAGCUCAACGAAAAGUUCAUCAAGGCGCGCCGCGAUUACGAGGCUCUGCUAGAGUCCUCCAUGUCUCACCCACCUCAGCCCAGCUACCACCAGUACGCGAUGCGACCGGCACAGGGUGGCUACCCAGGAGGGCCACCGCAGGUUCCAGGAGGCCCUGGUGGCUACGCUCCCCAAGGUGUGCCUCAAGGGCCGCCCCAGGGCCAUCCCCAGGGCCAUCCUCAGGGUCUGCCCCAGCAGCAGGAGCAGAGAUACUACACUCCUGCACCGCAAGACCAACCGCAAUACCCUCCCCAGUCCAGUCCAUCGCCCAACUUGCACCGUCCGAGCCAGCCUACCCCCGCGCCCUUCUACGUAGCAGGUUCCGAGGUCCCCUCGCACGGCGGCCAUCCUGGAUCGCAGCCCUCCUAUCCUCACCGUGACCCGACGCCUCGUCUGCCCUCCAACGGAAGACCGCCCGAGCCCAUCAACACUUCGCCUCCCCCGCCCCAGAAUGCCUACAGCUCCUAUACUCACCCCCCUGACCAACGCCAGAGCAUCUACGGUGCCCAGGAACUCGCCACAUCCGUCUAUGAUUCCCCAAUUGCACCUCACAACCCCAACUCGACUGCAGCAUAUUCAACUUCGACCAACUACGCGCCCGAUGACCAGUACAAACAGCACAAUACCAGUCAAGGCGCCCCACAAUCACCGCAGCACCAGCCCUCACAGCCUCAGUACCACAGCUACCAACCGCCUUCAGCACCACCCGGUCAAGAUCACUACGGAAGCGCUCCCUCUCAGGCGCCACCGCCCAUCCCCACAGGCGCCCCUCCAUCCGCGCCCGCUCCGCUACAGCCGGCCGGCUCGGCAUACGACGCCAGGCAGGGCCUACCGAGCCAGACGGGCACCUCGCCGCAGCCCCAAUACAAGGCGUAUGUGCCGCCUGGAGGACCGCCGCCCAAUGAGGGGCCUAGCGCGCCGCCAAGUGAUUACUACCGCCAGCCUGGCGUGUACUAG